CACCCUCCUUUAUUACUUCUUUCGUAGUUCUUAUGUACUUUCAAUCUGUUUAGGGUUUCUGAAUCUGUCUCCCCAUUCUUUCCCUCCUUACAUUCAAUCCUUGUCGUCGCUCCACGAUCCGCCCCCAUAAACUAGCCGUUGCUUUCCCGCCACUUUCAUCCCCAUUGGCCGCCUACCCAUCUCUGGAUCCGUUUUCAAUUUCAAAAAAAGUACAAACCUCUUUUUUCAGAUUUUGAGUGAUGGCAGCGAUGAAUUCAACAUCGGAGAAGAAGGAUGAGAGCUCGGAGGAGAAGAAGGGAGGUGAGCUUUUGUUCUGUGGCGCUACUUCUUGGGACAUCGUUGGACGACGCAAAGGUGUCGAAGGUAACUUGCUUUCUCCCACUAGGUUAAGGCCACUCCUCGGCGUCAACAUUCGAUUCGUCGCCUCUGGUUGCGCUUCGUGUCAUUGUGUGGCGUUGGAUGUUGAAGGUCGUUGCUACACCUGGGGACGCAAUGAGAAAGGUCAAUUAGGUCAUGGUGAUAUGAUCCAACGUGACAGGCCAACGGUUGUGUCUGGACUCUCUAAGUACAAGAUUGUGAAGGCGGGAGCAGGGAGGAACCAUACGGUUGUUGUAAGCGAUGAAGGCCGUUCCUUUGCUUUUGGCUGGAAUAAGCAUGGCCAGUUGGGUUUAGGCACCGCCAAAAACGGCUUUGUUUCUGUAGAAGUUGAAUCGUCGCCUCUUCCAUGUGUUGUGUCUGAUGAGGUCACGAGCAUUGCUUGUGGGGCUGACUUCACUGUCUGGUUAUCUUCUACUGAAGGAGCCUCUAUACUGACUGCGGGACUCCCGCAAUAUGGUCAGCUUGGUCAUGGAACUGAUAAUGAGUUCAAUAUGAAAGAUGGCUCAGUUAAACUUGCCUACGAAGCUCAGCCACGUCCGAAAGCCAUAGCCUCUCUUGCUGGGGAAACGAUUGUCAAAGUUGCAUGUGGAGCGAAUCAUACAGUGGCCGUUGAUAAGAAUGGGUUUGUUUACACAUGGGGCUUUGGUGGAUAUGGAAGGCUUGGACACAGGGAGCAGAAAGAUGAAUGGUCUCCUCGCCGCAUUGAUGUGUUUCAGAGGAAUAAUGUUUUGCCUCCCAAUGCCAUUGUUUCCGCUGGCUCUGCAAACUCUGCUUGUACUGCUGGGGGAGGACAGUUGUAUAUGUGGGGAAAGAUCAAGAACAAUGGUGAUGAUUGGAUGUACCCUAAACCUAUGAUGGAUCUAAGUGGUUGGAAUUUGCGUUGGAUGGAUUCAGGAAGCAUGCAUCAUUUUGUUGGUGCGGAUAGUUCUUGCAUAAGCUGGGGUCAUGCUCAGUAUGGAGAACUUGGUUAUGGCCCCCACGGUCAAAAAUCCUCUGCAGCGCCUAAGAAGGUGGAUAUACUCGAGGGAAUGCAUGUAAUGGGUGUGGCAUGCGGUUUUUGUCAUUCUAUGGUCAUAGUUGACAGAACAGAAGAUAUCGCUGAUCGUCUUGAGCAGCUCGAGAUCUAUGACGGGAAAGGAUCAUUAGAAGAAACUGUAGAAGAACCCAAAGAAGAAACUGUGGUAACAACAAGGCAACAACCUGCUAAAAGAGGUAGAAAGAGGAAAGCAGCAAAAGCCUCGUCUGAUUCUGAACAAGACAGUGAUGAAGAAAACGGUGACAAGGAGAAGGAAGCUAAAGGCAGUGACAGUGACUAUAGUGAAGAUGGAGAAGAAGAAGCCAAUGGCAAGAAACAGAGCACUCGUGGCAGAGGACGUGGCCGUGGAGGACGUGGUCGUGGCGGCGGCCGUGCUGGUAAGGGAAAAGCUUCCUCCCCGGUGAAAACUGGUGGGAGAAGAGGAAGACCACGUAAGUCUUAGAAAAACUUACUUUGACUCCGACUUCUCGAUGUGGUUUAAUUUCUUUUUAACAGUUUUUUUUUUGUUUCUUUUUAAUAACAAUGAGAGGCUGAGGAACAUUUUAUUCAAGCAUUUGUUUAGGCUGAGAACUUUGUAUCGGCUUUUGUAUUCUGAUGUAAACCACAUCGAAUGAUUUAUUUUUCUAGAGACAACAUUUUCGUUA